AUUAGCCAGCCUGUGACUAUAGUGAGUGUUUGGGAAUCCCAGUAUAACUCCCAGCCUUUCUCAGGGUGAGCUUUUAAGCACAAAAACCAUAUUCUGGGUUGAUGAACUUCAGCUAGAAAGAACAGUUAACCAGAAGCAGAAGUACAGAAGCCAAAAGGCAAGGAGUCAGUGACCUUUGAGGAUGUGUGUGUGAGUUUCACUCAGGAAGAGUGGCAUCUGCUGCAUCCUUCACAGAAGAAACUCUACAGAGAUGUGAUGUGGGAAACGUUGAGGAACCUGGCCUCUGUGGGAAGUGAAUUGGAAGACCAGGAUAUUACAAAUCAGUACAGACUCCAAGAGAAAAAUAUAAGAAGAUACACGAUACAAAGACUCUGUGAAAGUAAAGAAGUUACUCGGCAUGGAGAAAGCUUCACCCAGAUUCCAGAUACUGAUGUGACCAAGACAACUUCCGGGGGAAAACCACAUAAUUGCAGCCUAUGUGGAAGAGGCUUCGUGCUUCAGUCAUCCCUUACUAGGCACAUGAGAUCUCACCCUGGCCAUGAACUUGAUGGGUUUAAGUGUGGAGAAAAGCGACACAAAUGUAAGGACUGUGGGGCCACCUUCAGUUACCUCAAGUCUUUUCAAAGACACGAACGGACUCACACUGGAGGAAACCCCUACAAGUGUCAGCACUGUGGGAAGACCUUCAUCUAUUACCAGCCCUUCCAAACACAUGAGCAGACACACAUCGGAGAGAAACCCUAUCAGUGUAAGCAUUGUGGCAAAGUUCUUAGUUCUCCUGGCUCUCUUAAAAUUCAUGAAAGAAUCCACACUGGAGAGAAGCCCUAUGUGUGUGAGAAAUGUGGGAAAGCCUUCAGUUGUCCCAGUUCCAUCCAAAUACACGAAAGAACCCACACUGGGGAGAGGCCCUACAGAUGUGAAGAAUGUGGGAAAGCCUUCAUUUCUCGCACAAGUGUUCAGACGCACAUGGUGACACACAGCGGGGCUAUAAAUAGGCCUUACAAGUGUAAGGACUGCGGGAAGGCGUUCCUUCGCCCAUGUUUUCUUCGUGUCCAUGAGCGAAUUCACACUGGAGAGAAGCCAUAUGUUUGUAAACAAUGUGGCAAAGCUUUCAGAUGCUCCACUUCCAUUCAUAUUCACAAAAGGACUCACACUGGAGAGAAACCCUAUACGUGCAAGGAGUGUGGGAAAGCUUUCAGUGCCCACUCGGCCUUCCGAGUACACGUGCGAGUGCACACUGGAGAGAAACCUUACAAAUGCAGAGAAUGUGGGAAAGCCUUCAUCUGUCUCAAUUACUGUCGUGCACACGAAAGAAAUCACACUGGAGAAAAACCUUACGAAUGUAAGGAGUGUGCAAAAGCCUUCACUUCUCUUGAAAGCUUUCGAAGACAUAUCAAAACACACACUGGCGACGGGCCUUAUAAAUGUAGCGAAUGUGGAAAAGCUUUCAUUUUCCUCAGUGCGUUUCGAACACAUGAAAGGACUCACACUGGAGAGAAACCGUACAAAUGUAAACACUGUGGCAAAACAUUUAGUUGUUCAAGUUACGUUCAGAUACACGAGAGAACGCACACUGGUGAGAAACCCUAUGAAUGUAAGGAGUGUGGAAAAACCUUCGUUUAUCCUACAAGCUUUCAAGGACACAUAAGAAUGCACACAGGAGAGAAACCAUAUGGAUGUAAAGAAUGUGGGAAAGCCUUUCGGCUUCGUAGUUCCUUUCAGAGACAUGAAAGAACUCACAGUGGAGAGAAAUGCUUUUAGUGUAAGCAUUGUGGGAAAACUUUUUUGCUUUGUCCACAUCCUUUAAUAAGCAUGUAAAAAUGCAUAAUAGGAAGACAUAAUAAACGUGAGGAAUGAGGGAACAUUUUCAAUUUUAACCAAUACUUUUUGUUGUGAAAUUUUCCAUUGUGAAGAAAACUCAUGCUUCUAAGUAAUGCAGGAAACUCAACUGCAGUGUAAUAGAUAACUCAUAUAAAAUGUGCCAGAAAAUUCAAAAUGUAGAGGAAACAUAAAAGCUAAACAUUUGUAUCAGUGUUGCAUUGUUUCUGAUAUAUAUAUGCAUGCUUUUGCUUGUUUGAUAUAGGCCUGCACAGCCUGAGGUUCCCUGCAUAGACCAGACUGACCUCAAGCUCACAGAGAUGCCUCCC